CGCUCGCUGCACUUUGGGCUGCGGACACCCGGACUCGGCGCGCCCGCCCCGCGUCUCCACGGCGAGCCCCGCAGCUCCGAGAGGCAUGAACGGAAUCCGGAGGCGCCUGCCCUGCGCGCGGGAACCUCUCGGUGCUCGCCGCCCUCGGGAGCCGACCCAGAGUCCCUGCAGCCGUGUGUGAACCAGGAAGCUUGAAAUUCGCCAGCGCCGAGCUCGUCAAGAGCGAUUUCAGUGAGAAGGAAUGCCAGUGGAUCGUGGUCUCAGAAAAGCGGCUUAGAUGAUGUCUGUUUCCUGUGCUAGAAACACGUGGCAGAGCUGUAAGUAAACGCUCUACACUGCAUGAUGAAUUGGAUGGCUGCAGACCGGAGGCAAAAAAAAUAAUUGUCUCAUUUUCGUGGUGAUUUGCUUAACUGGUGGGACCAUGCCAGAACGGCUAGCGGAAAUGCUCUUGGAUCUCUGGACUCCAUUAAUAAUAUUAUGGAUUACUCUUCCCCCUUGCAUUUACACGGCUCCGAUGAAUCAGUCUCAAGUUGUAAUGAGUGGAUCCCCUUUGGAACUAAGUAGGCUGAGUGAACAGCGGAUUUUGAACCGCUCCAAAAGAGGCUGGGUUUGGAAUCAAAUGUUUGUCCUGGAAGAGUUUUCUGGACCUGAACCGAUUCUUGUUGGCCGGCUACACACAGACCUGGAUCCUGGAAGCAAAAAAAUCAAGUAUAUCCUGUCAGGUGAUGGAGCUGGGACAAUAUUUCAAAUAAAUGAUAUAACAGGAGAUAUCCAUGCUAUAAAAAGACUUGACCGUGAGGAAAAGGCUGAAUAUACUCUAACAGCUCAGGCAGUGGACUGGGAGACAAACAAGCCUCUGGAACCUCCUUCUGAAUUUAUUAUUAAAGUUCAAGACAUCAACGACAAUGCGCCGGAGUUUCUUAAUGGACCCUAUCAUGCUACAGUGCCAGAGAUGUCCAUUUUGGGUACGUCUGUCACUAAUGUAACAGCUACUGAUGCUGAUGACCCAGUUUAUGGAAACAGUGCAAAGUUGGUUUAUAGUAUCUUGGAAGGGCAGCCUUAUUUUUCCAUUGAGCCUGAGACAGCAAUUAUAAAAACUGCCCUUCCCAACAUGGACAGAGAAGCCAAGGAGGAAUACCUGGUUGUUAUUCAAGCCAAAGAUAUGGGUGGACACUCUGGUGGCCUGUCUGGGACCACAACACUUACAGUGACCCUUACCGACGUAAAUGACAAUCCUCCGAAAUUUGCCCAAAGUCUGUAUCACUUCUCAGUACCAGAAGAUGUGGUUCUUGGCACUGCGAUAGGAAGGGUAAAGGCCAACGAUCAAGAUAUUGGUGAAAAUGCACAGUCAUCCUACGACAUCAUUGAUGGAGAUGGAACAGCGCUCUUUGAGAUCACUUCUGAUGCCCAGGCCCAGGAUGGCAUUAUAAGGCUGAGAAAGCCUCUGGACUUUGAGACCAAAAAAUCCUAUACGCUGAAGGUAGAGGCAGCCAAUGUCCAUAUUGACCCACGUUUCAGCGGCAGGGGGCCCUUUAAAGACACGGCGACAGUCAAAAUUGUUGUUGAGGAUGCUGACGAGCCUCCUGUCUUCUCUUCACCUACUUACCUCCUCGAAGUUCAUGAAAAUGCUGCUCUAAACUCCGUGAUUGGGCAAGUGACUGCUCGUGACCCUGAUAUCACCUCUAGUCCUAUAAGGUUUUCCAUCGACCGGCACACUGACCUGGAGAGACAAUUCAACAUUAAUGCGGAUGACGGAAAAAUAACGCUGGCAACACCACUUGACAGAGAAUUAAGUGUAUGGCACAACAUAACAAUCAUUGCUACCGAAAUUAGGAACCACAGUCAGAUAUCACGAGUGCCUGUUGCUAUUAAAGUGCUGGAUGUCAAUGACAACGCCCCUGAAUUCGCAUCCGAAUAUGAGGCAUUUUUAUGUGAAAAUGGAAAACCCGGCCAAAGUUUUCUCUCUGGCAAACACGUAAUAAAAUUAGAAAUGAUAGAAUUGCAAGAACAUACCUCAAAUCCUCUGGGCAGAAAGGAGGCUGAAGAGCUGAAGGGAAAUGAAGCUAUCUUACUGAAAAGACCUCUUAAUAUAGGACCUGUUCCACCAGAGACAGGAAACAUCUAUCAAGAGCUGAAAAGGAGUCAGCUGGGGAUAAACCAGGUUCUCUCUGAAGAGAAUGGUAAUCUGGCUGGACGGGUGGAGGAACAGGUCAUUCAAACAGUGAGUGCCAUGGACAAAGAUGAUCCCAAAAAUGGACAUUAUUUCUUAUACAGUCUUCUUCCAGAAAUGGUCAACAAUCCGAAUUUUACCAUCAAGAAAAAUGAAGAUAAUUCCCUCAGCAUUUUGGCAAAGCAUAACGGAUUCAACCGCCAGAAGCAAGAAGUCUAUCUUUUACCAAUCAUAAUCAGUGAUAGUGGGAAUCCUCCUCUGAGCAGCACCAGCACCCUGACCAUCCGGGUCUGUGGCUGUAGCAGUGAUGGUGUUGUCCAGUCUUGUAAUGUUGAAGCUUAUGUCCUUCCGAUUGGACUCAGUAUGGGCGCCUUAAUUGCUAUAUUAGCAUGCAUCAUUUUGCUGCUAGUAAUUGUGGUGCUGUUUGUAACUCUGCGGCGACAUAAAAACGAGCCAUUAAUUAUUAAAGAUGAUGAAGACGUACGAGAAAACAUCAUUCGUUAUGAUGAUGAGGGAGGAGGAGAGGAAGAUACAGAGGCUUUUGAUAUUGCAACUUUACAAAACCCAGAUGGAAUUAAUGGAUUUUUACCUCGUAAGGAUAUUAAACCAGAUUUGCAGUUCAUGCCAAGGCAAGGGCUUGCUCCUGUUCCGAAUGGUGUUGAUGUUGAUGAAUUCAUAAAUGUGCGGCUACACGAGGCAGAUAAUGACCCAACUGCCCCGCCAUAUGACUCCAUUCAGAUUUAUGGCUAUGAAGGCCGAGGGUCUGUGGCUGGGUCCCUCAGCUCCCUGGAGUCCAGCACCUCAGACUCAGACCAGAAUUUUGACUACCUCAGUGACUGGGGUCCCCGCUUUAAGAGACUGGGAGAACUCUACUCUGUUGGUGAAAGUGACAAAGAAACUUGACAGCGGAUUAUGAAUUAAUCAGUGGAACUGAGCAUUCUGUAAUAUUCUAGGGUCACACCCCUUAGAUACAACCAAUGUGGCUAUUUGUUUUAGAGGCAAGUUUAGCACCAAUCAUCUAUAAACUCAACUACAUUUCAAUGUUGAACCAAAAAUUAAUAAUAAAAAGCAUAUGUUAGGAGGUUGUAAAUCUUGUGGAGUGUGAAUUAAAGUAUGUGGAGUCUCUAGAAGUCUUUGGAUAUUUGAUAUUUACUUAGCCACCACAGACAAAGAUUGGGAUCCUGGCUAAUCCUUAGAGAGAUGGUUAAAAAGAGGAAAAAAUCAAAAUUAAAAGGUGCUUUCUUAGAAAAAUGGACCUGCAAGAAAUGUGCUGCUGAUAUGUGUCUUCUGCAAGGAUUUUUAUAAAUGCAAAUGGUUUUUUCCCCUUCACCAAUAAGGAUUCCGCCACAAACGAUAAAGCAAUACUUGGUCUGCUGUACAUUAUGACUUUCUGGAGUUUUGGGAGGCCUCCUAGAUUAUACGGUACGGUGACCGCACAUUGUACAUAACUGUUGGCCCCACUCAUCAGAGACCGAAUAGCAUCUUUAAAUAUUGUGUCGAGCCUUAAAAUAUUCACAUGUUCGUAAUCCAUUCCCGGGUGGGGAUUGCCAACUCAGUGGUGGGAGGAGAGAAAUCCCAUUCAAACAGGCUUGUUUUCUGCAAGCAGGAUUACUCGUUCCCUCCACUUCAUCUUCUUCCACAAGGACAGAAAGAUAAACCGUAUCACACAGCAGACUACAUAUGAGACAGAUGGUUUUAUUGCUAGCG